AUGUCGUUUCGCGGUGCGCCGCGCCACGAUCCGUCGCAGCCGUCAACGUCGGCGGCCGUUCAACGUCGUAGAGACGAAAAUCUGUCGAGAUUCCAGCAAUCUUUUCCGGCAAAUCCACAAACUUGCCUCUGGGAAGUCGUAAAUGCCCUGCAAUGCGGUCAAUCCGCGAAAAUUCGCUUUCGUCAUGAAGUCUACACUCUCCGAAACGUAUGUUUCAAAUCGUUACUAGAAGACCAUAAGGAAAUCCUAGAAAAAUUCGCCAAAAUCUCCAGCACCACCUACAAGCAGCUAUGCGAAAAUCUCCGUUUUGUCGCAUAUUUUAAAAAACUGCCGAUUUUCAAAAAUACGGAUUCUUCGAAUUUCUUCCGACUCGUCUGCAAUUGUAUAUUUUUUGUGGAGAAACGAUGGAUUAAUGGAUUCAAACAGACGAAUUUGUUUGAUGAGAAAUCGCUGGAAUUGUUGCUGCAAAAGAAACCAGUGAAAGUAUCGGAAUCUGAACGAAGUUCGAUAGAUCGAAAAUCUGAAGAAAGUGAGGCAGGAACGAUUACGACGUAUCUAGACUCGGAAAUCACUGCUUCAACUUCAAUAGCUCCUCCGAAUUUCCAAACUUCGCAAGAUGAGAAUCUGCGAAUUAUGCAUCAAUGGAAUCAUUUGAGCAUUUAUGAUAAGGACUUUCCUUGUAAUGAUGACAAAAGAUUCAGAAUACGCUAUCCAUUGUACCGCAAGAAGCACAAGGUGUACAAUGACUAUGAAUACUUCCAAGACGACGUCGAUCUCAAACCAGAGCAAAUCAGUUUUCGAUUGCGAUGCGUCCUCCAUGUCCCCUCAUUCGAUGCCCCAUCUUACAAACAGGACGGAUAUUUCAAAUAUGAUCCAGGCAAAAUCGACUACGAAUGGUUUUUGUACACGAGAUACAUGGAAACGAAUGAGGAUUGUGCAACUCAGUUCGCAAAGAUUCGACCUCCAAAUGGACUUCCGAUUAAGAAAGGAUUCAGGAAGGGAACGCUGACGCCAACGGAAUGUUUCAAUUUCCAUAUCACCGGUUAUCAUAUCCACGCGUUUUUUGAUGUAUGGGAAGAAGAGAAUGCGAGGACGUGGAAGGCUCCAGAUGGAAAAUGGAAGGGAAGGAGGUAUCUGGUGGAUAUGUACAAUCAGUUGAUGUUUCCAUUGUACGUUCACCCGAACAAUUGGCCUCUCUCGUUAUUAUGGGCGUAUAGAAAGUACAGUAUGUAUGGAUUGAAGCUGAUGUCAAUAGUGAAAAGACACACAGAAGGUCUUGCGAGAGCUGGAGACGCUUUAUUCGCAGAAUAUCCUCCAAUCAUGGUAGAUCCUCACAACUAUGAUUUCUCAACGGAUAGAGAUCGUAAUCAGUACUAUCGAAUGAUAUGUGGAGAUAAUAAGAGAAUUGUCGACAAGUUUAUACAUACGAUUCACAAGUCAACAUCAGAAGACACUACGAUAUACAAACGAAAACGAAAAUCCAAUCCAAAAGAAGAAGAGGAAUAUUUCACAAGUCCUCGAAAAACAACACCCCCACUGACAGUGCCAACUGCCAGAGGAAGAGGCGGAGCCCGUACAGUAUUCAAGAGACCAUUGAACAUUCCUCGAGACUUUGGAAGUCCAUCUGCCUCUAGAGAAUCCACACCUGCCGCUGCUGUAGCAUCACCUCCCGUUGAGUAUUCGCCUGCCGCUUCACUACUAUCGAAUCAGGCGACGUGGUCUUCGGCGGCAUCGACGUCAUCAUCUCCAGCACCAUCUCCACGAGUGGAUUCGUCUCCGGAACGUUCACUGGCUCCAACACCGUCAUCAACAGCAUCCCCAUCUCGUUCUGCUCCGUUACCUCGAUCUUCAGCUUCAGCCCCUCACGUUCCUUCGAAACUACCUCCGAUUCCUCCAUUCGCGAUGCGAUCUUCUCAACAACGUCCACGACCUCCACUACCACCGAAUGUCCCGGGUUCUAGAGCUACUCCUCCAGUCUAUAGACCUCCAACUGGUUCACCCAUCCGAACCCCGCAGCCAUAUCCACAUCGAUCUCCUAUUCGACCAGUUGCUCCUCCUCCAAAUCAGCUGCUACCAGUAACAAGAGUGUCGCCUACGAAGCCUUUGAUCCUCCGAACACCUCCAACCCCUGGUGUCAAACGACGUCUUCUAUCAGAGAGCGUCGGCUCACCAGCCAAACGAAUUAUGCCCAACGAAGGAUGGGGUGAUAAUCGUCGUGGACUUGGUGGCGUUUUGGAAGAGCACGUGGAUGAUAAAUCUGGACCUGGCGAAGACCCGGAUGCUCGGCAGAACGUUUGGGUCCCACAGGAUCGGGGAUUGGCGCCAGAGGAGUAUGCGAGGGAGAUUUUGGAGCAUUACAUUGGCGGACCACGUGAGCCUCUACCACCACCACCACCUCAGCCACCAGUUCCAGUCCCCGCCCCCAAAACUGUAAGGCGACGAAAAUCAACGGGAAGACAAGGUCCAGAACCAUUGCCGACUGCUGCUCGCAAUUUGGCUCUAACGACGGCUGCAACUCCGAGACAAAACUACCCACCACCACCCACGCCUUCCACGUCAUCUACAGUACCCCCGGCUCAAUCUAUCUCUGCUCCAGCGUCUCAACCACCAGGAACUACAAGCAAUUUGCCACCAGGGCGAACAUUCUCUGGUAGCAACGUCCGUGUGAAGUAUUCGAGAAAAGAGGUGGUCCCAUCACCCCCAGCCAACAAAUAUCCUGUCAAACAGCUACACUCGACAACGGCGAAAUUUGGAAUCAACGGAAGAAUACCACCGGGAGCACCCAUAAGACCACAUCCCUAUAAUUCCAACGCUCGGCCAGUAUAUUACAAUGCUUCAGUUCGGGCAAAAGUGCCUCCACAUCUUCUGGGUCAUUUUAAGAAUGGAGGACAACCUGGAACACUGCCACAUCGGCAGACAGCUCCACCGAUGUAUCGAUUGGCGAGAGAAGGACAUGAACGAGGAGAGGGAGCGACGUCUCCAUUGCCAAGUCCAGCUAGUGUAGCCAUUGCGAAUCGACGUGGAAAAGAAGAAGAGGAAAAAGGAAAAGUAGUCGAAGUUAAGCCAGAGAAGCCAGUGGUGAAAGUAGUAGUGGAAGAUCAUAGCACGUGUCAACGAUCGCUACCGUACAAUGCUCAUGUUGCUGAACACGAUAAAAAUCGAAAGCUACAAGCGGCUGCUUCUGGAACCGAAUACAAAGAGAAGCAGAGGUGGCGAAAGGAUGCUCCACCAUCUGUACCUGCUCCACCACGUCAACCAUCACCAGCUCCUGUCCGUCGACCUCCUGUGGCGUCUUCUGGAACCCCGGUGGUCCCGCCACAACCACAACUCGCUUUCAGCAGUUCUGUUCCAAGACCUCCAAACGUACCACCAAUAGCCGCUCCUACUGUAAUGCCUCCUUCUCCUGCAGCAUUUCUUGCAUCUACUUCUGCUGCAGUAAUAGGAAGUGUAGGGCUUAGUAAUCCACGUCAAGAAAGGCCCACGAUCCAAAAUAAUAGGGCAUUCGUGGAUGCGGCGACGACGGCAAGGACGACGGCGUUGUUGGUUGGAGCAGCGGUUCCAAUGGACCAUCGGCCACCAAUGAUGGCGUUGGAUCCACUGCAACAACAACAACUACAACAGCAACUGAUAAUGGCGCCUCCAGCACAAAUGGUAACAUCGAUGAUGGCUCCACCCAUGCCGAUGAUGAUUGCUCAGGAACCCGGUAGAAAGAGGACACCAAUUGUGACGAACACAACGCCUUCGAGAAAUGAAGUGACAGUAAAAACGAUCGCUUCUCGAGUCCGAAAACAACACGGCACAAUGACACCGGAACAACUGAGUGAUGCGAUUCGAAACGAACAACAACGAGUUAUGGAGAGCGGUCAUGGCGAGGGACCGUCGAUCAGCAACAUUAUUUUGAAUUUCAAACGUUAG